GGUAGAAAAGCCUGCUUGUGUCUGUCAGUGCUCGCCGGACCUUUAGAGGGGGAGUGUAUGCGCCCCUCGUCUCCUCACCCAGUACUCGCUGCCUCUGUCCGUGAAACUAGACAAGAAAGUUACAGUGCUGCCGUGUGUUCCUUAGCUUGUACUGGCCCAGGACUAGUGUUUGGCGGUGUGUUGGUGUUACUGGGGGUGUUGCUUCGUGGGGCAAGGAGAUAUUUGGUGGAGAAAGACUAAGUGUAGUAUUGAAACGUGAUACGAUGAUACCGUAGACUUUUCUUUCAUAAGUGCUACAAAGAUUAUGUAAGAGUUAUAGAAGCAAUGGUUAGGUGGACUUUUGAAGAUUUGAUGAGGUGAAGAGAAGAAAACAGUGACGAGGAGACAAUGUGUGUGUGUGUGUGUGUGUGUGUGUGUGUGUGUGUGUGUGUGAGUGAGUGAGGGCAGUGAUCUUUGCAGUGAUAUGAGAAACAAGAAGAGGGGUCGUAAUGUUGUUCUCUGCUCUGGCAACACUGCUAGUUCCUGUGCUGGCUGCAGACGUGGUGGUGCCCGUAGGACGCCUCGAUAAGGACAGGACCACGCAGGAUACCCCAAACAAAGACACACAGGACUUCCACCAGCCAUCCUACCCUGAACAUCCUUUCUUUGACUAUCAGGAAUCCUCAAACAUCACGGCCCUGCUUGGAAAGACUGCCGUGUUAAACUGUAGAGUGAAAAACAUCGGAAAUAAGACGGUGUCAUGGAUACGCCACCGUGACGUGCACUUGCUGGCCGUGGGAGGGUUUACAUACACCUCUGACGACCGCUUCACCGCCCGCCACGCCGCCGCCUCCCAGGACUGGCUGCUCAUGAUCCACUACCUUCAGGAGAGAGACGCCGGGCUGUAUGAGUGUCAGAUUUCCACCACGCCGCCUCAGAGCCACCUCAUCCACCUGUCUGUUGUGGAACCGGAGACAGUGAUAGCUGGAGGACCUGAUAUAUACAUCAACACUGGCAGCCGUCUCACACUCACCUGCAGCGUCUUACACAGCCCAGAGCCGCCUGCCUUUAUAUUCUGGUACCACGACAACAAGCUUGUAAGUUACGAGAGGACGCGGGGAAGCGGCAUGGAGGUGUCGACGGAGCGAGGCAGCGUGACCACCUCCAGGCUGUUGGUGCAGGACGCGCGGCCAAGACACUCCGGCAGGUACACUUGUGAUCCCGCCAACUCCAGACGGCGAAGUGUUACCGUUCACGUGAUAGCGGGUGACCAGCCCGCGGCCAUAGUUCACGACAACAGUGGAGGAAAACUUUCUCUCCAUCCUUUCCUCCACCUCCUGCCCCUCCUCCAUCUCCUCCUCCUCCUCCUCGUCCCCCUCCUCCUCCCUCUCCUUUGCAAUUGUCUCCUCCUUUCACAACUCGAAACUAGCUUUUAGAAUCCGUGUGUGUGUGUGUGUGUGUGUGUGUGUGUGUGUGUGUGUGUGUGUGUGUGUGUGUGUGUGUGUGUGUGUGUGUCAGUCAUAAGUUAGUUAGUUGCCUCUUGUAUUAAUAAACAUAUGCUAGUUUUAGUGUGUGUGUGUGUGUGUGUGUGUGUGUGUGUGUGUGUGUGUGUGUGUGUGUGUGUGUGUG